CACGAACACCUGAGCCCUUUUCAGGAGUCCAAUGCAAAUUUCCAUCUAAACAGUUGCCCAUCUACCUCUUUUUACAUGACCCGCCCAUUGUCCAAGGAAUCUGGUUAGUCUGGUAGCAAGCGGACUAAUGGAGGCAUGGUCUAUUGGACUGCACACACCUCCUCAGUCAUUCUCUUUCUUUUUAGCAUACAAACUCCUCAUCACUGUCACCAGAGUGAAAGCUGAGCUGCAGACAGGAAUGAGUGAAGAAGGAAACAAGGCCUUCAAAAAGGCUUUAACCGGUGAGAGGAACGAAGAAGCCUCAGUAUACCCGUGGACGUGUAUCAUUUAACCCCAGCGAGAUGGCUUCCCUUGGCAUGCACAUGUUGGCGAGUGCCUUGGCCUUACUGGGAUGGACGGGAGCCCUCCUGUCCUGCAUCAUGCCAAUGUGGCGUGUGACAGCCUUCAUUGGAACCACCAUUGUCACUUCAGAGAUCAUGUGGGAGGGGAUUUGGAUGAGCUGCGUUAUACAAAGCACGGGCCAAAUGCAGUGCAAACCGUACGAGUCCACCCUCGCACUUGGCUCAGAUCUGCAGGCCGCUCGGGCAAUCACGGUGAUGUCUGUCCUUUUAGGAGCAGUGGGCCUUGUUUUGGCCUUCAUCGGAGGAAAGUGCACCAUCUUCAUGAACAGUUCCAAAAGAUCCAAAGCCAGAGUUGCCACAGCGGCCGGCGUGACGUUGAUCGUCGCCGGAAUUCUCUGCAUCAUCCCUGUCUCCUGGUCGGCUGGCAUUGUGGUUAAAGCGUUUUACGACCCGCUGUUGAACAAUUCCCAGCGCAGGGAGAUUGGCGCCGCCAUUUAUGUUGGUUGGGGUGCAUCUGUUGUCCUCAUGUUGAGUGGAGGAAUGUUGUGCACCACUAUCUGCAAAGACAAAACAGAGGAUGACAGAGGUCCUUCAGUGAAGUACUUGAUCGUGCGCUCUUCGCAGGCAGGGUCCAGCAGGGCAGGCUCGCACAGGAUGCGGCCCAUCUCCGUGAGGUCGCGGCAGAGUGCCACUCCAUCUGUGAGGUCCCAAUGGAGUCAGAAAGCUCCACUGAAUCUGGACAGACCACUCUCCGCAGACUCCCACCAGAGCAGGCCAUCAACUACAAAGUCCCAGCUUGCCAGAGCCGAAUCAAUGCCAGAGUCUGAGCAGGGCAGGGGCACCUGGACAGUCCCAGCUGAUUGGUGAUGGUAUGGAUCAAAUGCUGCUGGGCCCCUCUGAACUUAGUUAGACAUCUGAAAAUGCUCCAAAGUCAUACAUUUGAUUAAGGAGACACUGAAAGUGCAAGAUCUGUGUUGACUGAUGCACUUGCAUGCACUUGGACAGUCAUAUACCUGCCGUAGCACUGUGAAUUAGGGAUUACUGGUCAAAUGAAGAAUUAAAAUUAUGAAUUUAGUGGCUGAA